AUGGUUGGAUGUGUGCCUGAGUGUCCAUUCUACCUAAGAAUCAGCAAGACUCCUACAAGGCCUUUGUGGCAAGUGGUGAGCUUCAGGCCUGAGCAUAACUGUUGUAGGACAGGAACCAAUAGACAAGCUAAGGCCCUCUGGUUAGCAACUAAAUUCAUGCAAAUUCUUAGACACACUCCUGACUUGAAGGUCACUAGUUUGAUUGCAGAGGCAAGGACUAGGUGGGGGAUUGUCAUGGGAAGGUUCAAAGCAUACAUGGCAAAGGUGAAAAGUCUGGAAAUGAUUCAUGGAGAAAGUAUCCAGCAGUAUAGUCAUCUUAGGAACUAUGCUGCUGAGAUUGUGAGGAGUAACCCUAGAUCAACAUGCAUCAUCAAAAGCACGGUGGGUAUUCAUGGUCCUGUCUUCCAGAGGAUUUACAUGUGCUUCAAGGCAACUAAGGCAGCCUUUGCUACUACUUGCAGGCCCUUAAUUGGGUUGGAUGGUUGUUCUCUAAAGGGUAUGUAUGGUGGUCAAUUACUUGCUGCAGUAGGUAAAAAUGGAAACAACCAGAUGUUUCCGAUUGCUUAUGCAGUGGUUGAAGCUGAGACAAAGGACUCAUGGCAAUGGUUCCUCAAUCUUUUAUUGGCUGAUUUGAAUGGAGAGAAAAAACAAAAAUGGGUUUUCAUUUCUGAUAGACAUAAGGGCUUGGUGCCUACAAUUGCUACAAUUGAGCCAGACACUGAACACAGAUUUUGUGUUAAGCAUCUGUAUGGUAACUUCAGGAAGAGAUUCCCAGGACAAGAAUUGAAAAAUGCUUUGUGGAGUGCAGCUAGGGCAAGCACUGUCCCAGAAUGGAGAGCUGCAAUGGAUGUGAUGAAGGGUUUGAAUGAAGCUGCAUGAACAGAGAUGAUGGAGAUUCCACCUGAACAAUUGACAAGGUCUCACUAUAGCACAUACACAUAUUGUGACUUGCAGGUCAACAAUAUGUGUGAGGCUUUCAAUAGAGUCAUCUUGGAAUAUAGGGACAAGCCCAUUAUAACACUGUUGGAGGGUUUGAAAUUUUACCUCACCAACGGCAUUGUAAGACAGAGGGAUUUGAUGAUGAGGUGGAGGAAUAGCCAGUUGUGCCCUAUGAUUCAACAGAAGCUAGAUGUGGUGAAGAACUAUGUAGAUAGGUGGCAAGCCAAUUGGGAUGGAGAUAGUGGAUAUUCUGAGUUUGAAGCAGUCAGGGACAAUGACAAAUAUGUUGUGAACCUGCAAUAGAGGUCAUGUGCUUGUAGAAGGUGGGAUCUCUCUGGAGUUCCUUGUGUACAUGUUGUUGCUUGCAUGUGGUUCAACCAUCAUGCCCCAGAGAACUAUGUCCAUCUUGCUUACAAGUAAGUCUAACUCUACUAUGCUUGGACUGAUCUGAUUAUGUGUGUCAUUUUCAGGAGACAUACCUUUCUGAACACUUACUCUCACCUUAUCCGACCCAACAAUGGACCAAAGCUGUGGCUAGAGGUUGAGGCACUUCCUCUCAAUCCUCCAUAUGUGAGAAGGCAGCCAGGCAGACCUAAAAAACAGAGGAACAGAGCCAAUGAUGAGCCAACCAACCCUAAUAGGCUGAGGAGGCACCACUCUACUGUCAGGUGUAGAAGGUAUGGGAAUUAUGGACACAAUAGGAGGACUUGCAGAGGAAAGGAGCUAGCAGACAGAAUCAUUCCACCUGGAGGGAAUCAGCAAAACAGUGAAGUGUUACAACCUGAACAGAGGCACAAUACUUUUAAGUAGGAUCCUCAUCAUCUCAGACACCUCCACCUCCACCACCUCCUGCAGGCUCAUCUCAGCCACCCCCACCUCCUGCAGGCUCAUCUCAACCACCUCCAUCACCUGCUGCAGGCUCAUCUCAUGCACCUCCACCUCCACCUCCUGAUGCAUCUUCAACACAGCCAGCACCAAGAAGAAGAGGCAGGAAGAGGAACAUCAUCCAAAUUAGUGCAACUUAGUAGUUUAAAAUGUAGUAGGACCUAAGACUUGUAAUUCCAUGCCAUAUGUGACUUUAUUUUGGAACUCAAUAGUGCAACUAAGUAGUUUAAAUUGUGCCAUAUGUGGCUUUAUUUUGGAACCUUAAUCAGUUUGUGCCAUAUGUGGCUUUAUUUUGGAACCUGAAUCUUUUUGUGCCUUAUGUGGCUUUAUGUUGGAACCUUAAUCAGUUUACUGAUAUGUUUAAUUUGAUA